AUGGUGUACUUGCACGUAUGUUUGUUGCAUGGAUCUCAGUUAGCUUUGGCGUUGGUAGACUGUGGAUGCAGUUAUAUAAACCUUGUAAACAUGAUUAUGUCAGAGUUCAGCUUGGAUCCGACAAAGGUAGCAGUAUCAUUGAAGUAUAUACUCAACGACGAUUUGCCUGCAAUCAGGAUAAAAAAUGACAGCAACGUGCUUGCAUACAUUCUGUUGAAAGAAGUCGAUCGUGAUCCAGCUAAAUACCCAUUAAUCAUUGACAUAAUUGAUGCAGCAAUACAGUACCCAUCUGACAUGGUCACAGAUAAUGCUUAUCGUAACAGUGAGCUUUAUACGUUGCAGGAUGUGGCCACAGAAAUUUGCGAAGCAUCAAGUAAACAUUUAGGUCACAUUUGUGACAAUGAAGUCACGAUUGUUUUUAUAGCAGAUGCUAUUCAGGUCGAAGAAGGCAGGAUUUUCCGUGAUAAGGAUAUUUUGAAAUUGAGCCUAUCGUUUUUUGCCAUACGAAACAUGUUUGAGUUUAUGGUUGAACGAUCCGACAAGAAAGAAUAUGUGGUGAGAUGUUCUCAUGAAGGAUGUACUUGGAUAUGCCGAUCGUCAAAAUGGGGUAAAACGAAUCUAUUUAAGAUUCGAAAGAUUGGUAGUCACACAUGUGCAUCAAAUGUGGUGUUGGGGUCACACAGACAAGUAUCAGCUGCAGUUGUGUCAUCUAGCAUCAAGUACAAGUACACAUCGGCUGGCACCAUAUACACACCAAAGGACAUAUGCAGUGAUAUGCUACAUACGUUUGGAGUAUAUUUGAAUUACUCAAAAGCUUGGAGGUCCCGUGAACAAACAUUGAAGAUGAUUAGGGGUGAUCCGACAGAAUCAUUCGGUAGGAUACCAAGCUUCUUCUACAUGAUUCGACAAAGAAAUCCUAGUACGGUCACAGAGUUGGAGGGGUGGCAACAUUGUAGGCCCGUAAUUGUCGUUGACGGUACUUAUUUGAAUGGUCAUUACGGAGGUACCCUAUUUACAGCAUGUACACAGGAUGCAAAUAAUGGCAUAUUUGUUCUUGCCUUUGGAGUAGGGGAUAAUGAGAACGACAAAUCUAUAAAGAAAGCAAUAGAACAGGUGUACUCGGAAAGUUGCCAUGGUAUCUGCUCGUACCAUUUGUUGCAGAAUCUCAAAUCAUAUUAUGGGAAAUCAGGGCAAAAUAUUACGCAGGCUUUCAAUUCGGCUGUCCGGGCUUACACAUUAGAAGAAUUUGAAUACAACAUGCAACAACUAGACGCAAUGAAUGAUAAGAUUCGUGAUUACCUGGAUGAAGUAGGCCAUGAAAAGUGGUCACAAAUACAUAUGCCAGCAAACAGAUACUCUACAAUGACAUCAAACAUUGUAGAAUCAGUAAAUGCGGUCACAAAGGCAGCUAAGAAUUACCCCAUUGUAUUCUUGCUGGAGUCAUUGCGACAAACAGUACAAAAUUGGUUCUGUAAACAUAGAGACGAAGCGCAUGGAACUUUCACGAUGUUGACUAGCAAGUUCGAGAACGUCAUGAGGAGAAUGAGUUCAGAAUUAAGGAACUUGAGGGUAAGGUUCUUAGGUAUCUUGAAGUUCGUGAUGCUGCAGGUCGAUUUGAUGCCUUGUCCACAUGCAUUGGCUGUAAUCGCACAUACGAAAAGGGAUGCAUAUUCUUACCGUUCCUAUUAUUACACAAAGGAAGCAUAUGUAAAUGCUUACGAAAGUUCGGUAUAUCCCGUUGGAAAUCCAGACGAGUGGAGAGUACCCGAUGAAGUAGAAUUCCAAAUUGUUUUAGCUCCUAACCAAAAGCGGAGUUCUGGAAGACCUACUGAGAAGAGUAAGAGAUCAUCUAGGGAAGGGAAACCAAAAUUAAGAUGUGGGCGUUGUGGUGCACAUGGUCACAACCGCAGGAGGUGCUCAAGUUUGGUCCCAUUAAGUAAGAACGGUUGA